AUGGCUUUAAUUUUAUGCCUCGCGCAUUAUUGCGACACUCAUGGUCCGACCCCGGUUAUGGUAACAGAAGCACUUCCCGUGGGUUGUACUUCGUGUCCAGAAAAAGAUGAAUUUAUCCAUCGAAGACCUAGCACAAGUAGAUCUUUUAGAUCCUCGGAACCUUCUUUAAAUACAAACGCGCGCUCGUCGAAUAGAACAAAUUCUACCGUCUCCGAGACCGAUGUCGCGGCGAGUAGACCUGCUCUGUAUGUGAAUUCAAAUCCUUCAAAUGCUUCGAAUACAACAGGUUCUGCGGUCGAAACACCACCUCAAAGUCCUAGAGCACCUGCUUCGCAAAAUGCACAAAAUACCACCAAUAAUUCGCGACGCGAUUCGAGCUUUCGCAAAACAUAUCCUAGUGAAAAGCCAGGUCCAUGCGAAAAUUGCGCCCUCACUUUACCUAAGAAGACGAAGGAAGAUGCGCCUGCAAGUCCAAAGCCUGCGGCAGGUGGAAAACUCGACAAUGGUCCAAUUUUGCGAACACGGAAACCAUAUGAGCGCAUUGCAGGCCAGAGCACCCCUCCAAAGUCUGCAUCGUCGGAUUCGGAGGAUUCGGAAUGCGCAAUUCAGAAAGAAGAACGGCAAGACCAGCAUCAGGCGCGAAGAUCCUCCGUAAAGCGAUCCGAUACAUCCCCUCCUACCUACACCACUAGAGAAUUUCUCUCGCAUAACCAUUUCAUCGACUACACGUCAACGCAUGAACCUCUACAGCCUACCUCCUUCUCAAUUAUCCGCCAAUCUUGUCUCCGGACCCUCUCUUGCGAAACCCUUCCACCAUCCUCAAAUCCUACACCUAACUCCACGCCCUCCUCCCCAUUCAUCUCUAGUUUCUCCUCACACCUCACCUCUUCCACAACUACCUCUUCCGGCGGUCCAAUCUUUUUUGGCGAUCCAAUGGCGGGCUACACCACAGCAUACAUCUUCCGCAUUCCAGAUCCUUCCGCACGCGGUCGUCGUCGCGUGUAUGCUUUGAUUGCCCUCUCAACUCAUAAAGAACGAAUGGCGAUGCGCACCUUUUCUUUCCUCGACGCCGCGUUUCGCGAAGUUGCAGAUUGGAUUGCGCGCCUUGCCGACGAAGAACUUGCACGUUCUGAAUCAGCGCUUCAGUCUCCUAGACUGGGCGACGAGAGAAAUGGUAAUGGGAAUAGUCAUGGUGUGUUUGGAGGUGGUGGCACGACAACUACACCCACUUCUUCUUUCUUAAGAGGCGGCAACAGGGGACCUGAUGGUAGAAUGGUGGGUGCGAGUUUGAAGGGUAGAGGAUUGGCCGAGUUGGUAGGACUACCGGAUUUCUUUAUUGAGCUGCAUAGUAGAUUUGUGAGGUUGCUUGCGGAGAUUGAAAGGCCUAGAUGA